GAGUUUGUUACCCAGAUAGAUGCUAGUUUUUCUCCUCUUCACAGAAAAUAGUGACUUGGAAGAUGAUGAGAGCAGUGAUCUAUUUGCUCCCGUUGACUUUCAUCUUCUUCACCAUAGCUGAUGGUAAGCGCAUCCUUCCACUGCUUCAGCCUCAGCCUCUUGAAUCCUUCAAGGUCAAUGCAACCCAGAAUGUGGGGAGCUGCACUUACACAGUAUCAAUAAGGACAAGCUGUUCUUCAACUACCUACACAAGAGAUCAGAUCAGUCUUGCAUUUGGCGAUGCUUAUGGGAAUCAGGUGUAUGCACCAAGGCUGGAUGAUCCAUACUCGAGAACAUUUGAAAGCUGUUCAACUGAUACAUUUCAAAUAAAGGGUCCUUGCACAUACCAGAUUUGCUAUCUUUACCUCUACAGGAGUGGAUAUGAUGGUUGGAAGCCAGAGAGCGUGACUGUGUACGGAUAUUAUACCAAAGCUGCCACAUUUAAUUACAAUGUCUUUAUUCCUAAUGGGGUUUGGUAUGGCUUUGAUUUCUGUUAUAGAAGGGGUUCCGCAUCUGCAUGAACAAUGUAGCAAAUUGUGGGGGGAGGUUCAGUUUGUGAAUCUUUAUUCAGGGAUUUGGAGAAAUAAGUUUCUUGUUUGAACAUUUUGGGUAAUAAUGAGUAAUGACUUGUUUUGCA